GCCCACUCCCAUAAUUAAAUCUGUCCCUCGACCUCCUCGACUUGUCUCCCCUCGAGCAUUUUCCCUGUCACUUUGUCUGUCUGUCAACAGGCCGCUGUCCUACUUUAUGCCCUGGAUUGAGGGUGUUGCAUUGCUUUGUUCAGAUUACGACUUGUACAAGGACCGUUUUGGCCAGCUUCUACAUACACCUAUGCCCUGUGUGAGCACGUUGUGGGAUGAAACAAUUGAAUGCUUUCAAGGUCUAUGAUUACCCCAGAACCCACCAUCAAGACUCGCUAAGCUUAGCUUUCCGAGGUCGCACAUGGGCCUGUCUGUCUACUGUCUCUCGUCCAUGCCGGGUGCCUGAAGCAAAGUUGCAUAUAAAUGGCUUACCAUAUGGUCAGAAGAUGCCAGCGAUAACCGUACAAUCUGUGUGGUUACUUGGCAGAUAUGUUCUCUUCUCUGCUUCUUUCAGGUUUCCUCAUCGCUGUGCAACCGUCGACUUUGGGCCAACGGGCAGAGGUAGAUAGCAUCCUGCUUGAUCCGUCCCUCCUCAUUCCGGGUCGAUCGAAAUGCAACAUUCUGAACGAUAUCAACCCUUUCAUGCCGCUAUCGUGUCAUAACACGACGGUCCAAAAGAAUUUGUGUUGUUUCAACGCUCCAGGAGGUCAUUUUUUGCAGACCCAAUUUUGGGACUACAAAAGCCCGGUUGCUUUUGCAGGACCCAAUAACAGUUGGACUAUUCAUGGACUUUGGCCGGAUCAUUGUGAUGGAACUUUUGACCAGUUUUGUGCACCGGAUCGAGAAGUUCAGAACAUCACCCAGAUCCUUCAGUUGCAUGGUGAGGGCGAGAUUUUGGAUUAUAUGCAUACGUUCUGGAAAGACAACACUGGCAAUGACGAGUCAUUCUGGGAACAUGAGUUCAAUAAGCACGCUACGUGCAUUUCGACCUUGGAACCUGAGUGCAUCCAGAAUUUCAACAACCGGAACGAUGUAGUAAUCUUCAUCAAACGUGUGAUCUCUCUCUUCCAGAUCCUCCCUACUUUCGAGUUCCUGAAACGAAAAGGGAUUGUGCCUAGUUCUACUCAGACUUACAAUUUCACCGAUAUUAUGAAUACUCUGAAGCAGGCUACUGGGAAGACACCCACCAUCAACUGUAACGGGAGGAACAAACAGUUCCUGAAUGAACUCUGGUACCACUUUGAAACUAAAGGAAGCGUGAUUGACGGAAUCUUCACUCACGCAGACGCAGACUCAGACUCGGGAUGCGCAGAUACUGUAUUUUACUGGCCUAAAGGUCUUCCGACGCCUACACCUAUCACUACCUCAUCCGCACCUACACCAACCUCAACCGAAGACAAGGGGAUGAUCCAGGUCUUCACGUCAGCCGGAGCAAACGUAGGCUGUAUACUUUCCAAAGGCACUUGGUCGCAACAGACCUGUGCCACGUUCCGGCCGGUCGCAGGAAGUGUCCCUAGGUCUAUCAAAUUCACGUCUUCGAAGGGUCCUUGUGCUGUUGACGCCACCAAUGGCACUUUGAGCUGCGGUUCGGAUAUUACACUUGCCUCGGAUUUUACGAAUAGUACGACGUCAAGCGGUAGCUUGUUGGCAUACAACGGCAGUUCGUCGUUCUCGUCUGAUGUUGUGCCCACUGGAAUUGUGCAGAGUCCCGUAUUUAUCGGAGACGUGCAUUCGCAGACUUCUUUGCAUUAUCUGAAAUACCGAAGCCAAGACUGACAGAGAGAAGUCCGAGAAGGGCUAGCCAGCAGUGCGAUCUUCGCGUGCCUGCUGUACGUUGAGUGUUACGUCUGAUGUUCGCUUGUGCAUGCUGUCUGCAACGUGUUCCCUGACUUCGACAUCUAGAGCAUAUACCUUUCCUGGGUUCUGCGUC